AUGCCCCCAACCGCAAUCCAGAACUCAAAGUCUAAGUGCGAAACCCUUAGCUCCGAAACGCUGGACUUGCGUGCAGGCUUCGUGGCCAGCCUGUGUCUGAUCCGGGCCCAUCUUUCUUGGGCACUUCGCGAUGUGAGCUCUGAGCUCGAGCACGACGUCUUGGUCGUGACUGGAUUCGCCCAAGAGGGCCUCUCGAAGCGCUCCAGGAACGUCUCACAAGCAGCGACGUCCAUCGGCGUUGGAAGCCAUCCGCCAGAACAAGCAAGCAGGACUGCGCUGCAUACGGAGCCUGCGCUUCACAGCAAGGAUGGGUCCACUACGUGCGGCCUGGACAAGUCAGGCUACAGCAGUGGUUGCAAGACUGCCGGAUGCACUUGCUCUGUCUUCCAGCACUGCUACCCGAAGUUUGAAAAGGAGGAGGGGAAGGAUCACAACGUGGGUGUUUGUGGCCUGGCGGCGCGAGACCCAGGCGCUGAGCGCAGAACUCUGAUGCCCCAAGCCCCAGCUGCCCAG